CAAAACGGAGCUUUCAGAUCCGGAGAAGGUGCAGGAACUGGGGCCACCACUCCUGUCCCAGGCACCCAAGAUGCGGUCCGUUAGGAAGAGGUGGACGAUCUGCACGAUAAGUCUGCUCCUCAUCUUUUAUAAGACAAAAGAAAUAGCAAGAACCGAGGAGCACCAGGAGACGCAACUCAUCGGAGAUGGUGAACUGUAUUUGAGUCGAUCCCUUGUCAAUAGUUCUGAUAAAAUCAUUCGAAAGGCUGGCUCUUCAAUCUUCCAGCACUCUGUAGAAGGUUGGAAAAUCAAUUCCUCUUUGGUCCUGGAGAUAAGGAAGAACAUUCUUCGUUUCCUAGAUGCAGAACGAGAUGUCUCUGUGGUCAAGAGCAGUUUUAAGCCUGGUGAUGUCAUCCACUAUGUGCUUGACAGGCGCCGAACACUAAAUAUUUCUCAGGAUCUGCAUAGCCUGCUCCCUGAAGUGUCACCGAUGAAGAACCGCAGGUUUAAGACCUGUGCAGUUGUGGGAAACUCGGGCAUUCUGCUGGAUAGUGAAUGUGGGAAGGAGAUUGACAGUCACAAUUUUGUAAUAAGGUGUAAUCUAGCCCCUGUGGUGGAGUUUGCUGCAGAUGUGGGAACUAAAUCAGAUUUUAUUACCAUGAAUCCAUCAGUUGUGCAAAGAGCAUUUGGAGGCUUUCGGAAUGAGAGUGACAGAGAAAAAUUUGUGCACAGACUUUCCAUGCUGAAUGACAGUGUCCUUUGGAUCCCUGCUUUCAUGGUCAAAGGAGGAGAGAAGCACGUGGAAUGGGUUAAUGCAUUAAUCCUUAAGAAUAAGCUGAGAGUGCGAACUGCCUAUCCAUCAUUGAGACUUAUUCAUGCUGUCAGAGGUUACUGGCUGACAAACAAAGUUCCUAUCAAAAGACCCAGUACAGGUCUCCUCAUGUAUACACUUGCCACAAGAUUCUGUGAUGAAAUUCACCUGUAUGGAUUCUGGCCUUUCCCUAAGGAUUUGAAUGGAAAAGCCGUCAAAUAUCAUUACUAUGAUGACUUAAAAUAUAGGUACUUUUCUAAUGCAAGUCCUCACAGAAUGCCAUUAGAAUUCAAAACAUUAAAUGUGCUACACAAUCGAGGCGCUCUGAAACUGACAACAGGAAAGUGUGUAAAGCAAUAA